CUAUAAAUUGACAUUAAAUAGACAUAGGUAUGUAGUGAUAUUGUUUGUUUUUCGAAUUUUGUCCAACCUUUAAAAUGGGAGGCCUUGACGAUUAUGAUAUAUUGAAAGCAAUUGGAAAAGGCAGCUACGGAGAAGUUCAUCUUAUUCAACAUAAAAAAGAAAGAAAGCAGUAUGUAGUGAAGAAGUUGGCACUGCAGAAAGUUUCUCGCCGUGAACGAAAAGCUGCCGAAUCAGAAGCGAAACUUUUAUCUCAACUGAAACAUCCAAAUAUUGUUUCUUAUAAAGAUUCGUUUGAGAAUGACGAUGGAUUUCUUUACAUUGUUAUGGGGUUUGCUGAGGGGGGUGAUCUCUACACAAAACUUCGAGAGCAAAGAGAAAAAGAUGAAUUUUUACUUGAAGUACAAGUAGUUCGAUGGUUCAUACAAAUAUGCAUGGCACUUCAGUAUUUGCACCAGAAACAUAUUCUACACAGGGAUUUAAAAACUCAAAAUAUCUUCCUCACUAAAGCUAAAAUGAUCAAGGUUGGUGAUCUUGGUAUAGCUCGUGUAUUAGAAGGAGCAUCAGAUAUGGCGACCACACUCAUAGGAACCCCAUACUAUAUGAGCCCAGAGUUAUUUUCCAACAAACCAUACAAUCAUAAAUCUGAUGUUUGGGCGUUGGGUUGUUGUGUUUAUGAGAUGACAACAUUGAAACAUGCGUUCAAUGCAAAAGAUAUGAAUUCUCUUGUUUAUAAAAUACUCAAGAAAAAGAUGCCUAAGAUGCCAGCCAUGUACAGUGAGCCAUUAUGUGAGUUGAUCAAAAUAAUGUUGCAUCAAACUGCUGAAAAACGACCAAGUGUAAAUCGUAUUCUCAGGAAUCCAUUUAUCAAGAAACAUAUCCAACUUUUCCUGGAUGAGAGCAGCAGAUCAAGGAGGCCAACAUCGGGAAAGUCCCGUGUGACAUCAUCACGUAAGACAUCGACAUCAUCAACAUCAAGUCGAUGCAGCUCCCGUGAAUCGGGGAGACAUGACGUGAAAUAUGGUGAUAAAUAUGAUGUGAAACCAGCCAUCCAGGUUGAGUCCCCACAACCCAAAUACACAAGGGAUCCCGAUGCCCAACCUGUUGUUAGAAAAGUUGACAUACCCCCACCAAGUGUUGAAAAGAAGCAACCAGACGUGAAAGUUUUGGCCGUUAAUCAUAAAGUGGAUGAGAGCAAAUAUGAAAAUAGAAAUCUUGUAAAACCAACUAUUGAAGAAAAGAAACAACGAUGUAAAAGUGCCGACAAUGAACGAAAACAGACACCUCCAAUUGUCCCAUCCAUUCAUACACCUGGUAACCAUGGUGAUAGUGGAUGUGGUAACCAUGGCAACCAACAAGGAAGAGUAAGAUCAGCGGGAUCAUCGGAUGGUGAUAGGAAGCAACACAUAGCAAGACCCCUACCUCAUAUCUCGGAUAUUAAACACAAAACACCAACCAACAACAAUAAUAACAGCUCAUCAAAAUCAAGUAAUGCAUCACCGGUUUCAAGCACAGAAGACAAAACACCUCGCAUAAGUUCGGCUCGUGAACGAAGAAGGAGAGAAAAAAAGAAAAAUUUAGAAAAUAAGAAAAUUUCCAACAUUGAAAAUGAAGGUAGUGGAAAAGUAAAACUAGAAGUGAAACCUUCCCCUGUUGUGCUGUCUCCUAAUUAUGAAAGACAAGAUUCGCAAACAUCUCUUAUGGAUUCAGCCGAAAAAAGUGAGCACAAGGCAGAAGAAAACCAGUUCUUCACUUUACUUCACACAACGUUACGACUCAGCGAUAAUAAAGAUGGGGAUUCCCCACCGAUGAGUCAUGAAUUAUCACCUGUGUCCGAGGGUUCGGAAACUUCAUCUACUGUGACAUCGCUAAAGGAAAAACCACCACCCCCACCCACCAACCAACCACACAACGCAACACCUUGUGCCACCAAAGUUAAAGUUAUCGUGCCUGAGGUUCCUAAGGUAGAACAACCCAAGCUGCCGAGUAAAGGAAUAUCACAAGCAACGUUAGCAUCCACGGGCAAACUAAUGGACCGCAUUGUGGCACUAAGGAAGGAUUGUAUUCAAGGUUUGGGUGUCCCAUUAUUACAUCGUGCAUAUGAAUUGUUGGAUAACAAUCUUGAUGAAGAUGAAACAGAGAAACACCUGAUCCAAUUAUUGGGUUCUGUUCGUUUUAACCAAUGGGCAGGAAAGAUAUGGCAACUUAAGUUUUGUGAAGAAUCAAUAUUUAAUCACUGUGGAAGCAUCACUGCUUACUGAUCUUAAGUUUCAAACCUUAAAUCCCAGUUCUGUGUGUCAGCAUUGGAAAAAAUAGGACAGCUCUAUAUAAUGUCCUCACUUAUAAAGAUAACAUCUGUAUAGUGAGGUCCUUUGCAGAGGUACAUCCAGGCAGUUACAGUAUAGGUUAUGAAAUGGUUAACCAUCUAAUGCUGUUCAAAACUGGAAUGGGCUACAGAUUUUGAGCCCUGGGCCGGUGGUUCUCAAACUAUUUGGUCACGCCACGUACGCCCAAUUUUUUUUUAUAAAAAUUGUUAAUUUUUGAAAAAAAGUGUGGCAAACAAAAGCUCUUAAAAUCAAAUACAGUAUAAGAUAUGCCAGUUUUCUGUAACUUUAUACGCACCCUAUCAAAAGAUUUUUACUUUUCAUAUAUUUUACCAUAGAUUUAUGUAAAAGUGCUGCUUACAUAAUUAAGUGGCUUAUAUGUAUCCAAUUAACUGCCUCCCUUUAUUUGGCAUUCUUGCCUUUUUUGUAAAUUCUAAUAAUGACAAUAUGUUGUAUGAUGUCAUAAAUGUUUUUUGUCUAUGGUAAUUUCAAGUUGUCAAAAUAUAAAUAUAUGAUCUGUUUAGUAUUUGACUUCAUAUAUACCACAAUAUUCGAUAGAUGGAUUUAUUAAUAACUUCCCAGCCCAAAAUAGUUGGACAGCAUUUAACUUGUAACUUUCUUGAAGUUUUAAAAGAAAUAGGCAUAAGUUUCUUUUAAGUGUACUUCGUUCGUAGAAAAACCAAACAUUAAAUAACCUUCUGUAUCAGGCAUGUUGUUGUAGAUUUUAUUACCAAGUGUAUCAGUUUAUUGAAAUACACAUGAACAAGCAUAC